GGGGAAGACAGGGACUCUUCAGAGUGAGAUACAACUACAGAGCUGGCACUUAAUCAAUCAGAAUGAAGACCAUCUCUGUCUUCUGUUGUCUCUUAUAUGCUACGUGGACAGAAGGAGCCAAAAUAAACGAAGAGGGAUUUGAGGGGGGAGAAGUCUCAUUCCAGUGCUCAUACAAAUUUGCCUGGAAAAAUGAUAAAUACUUCUGCAAAGAUAAGUGUAAAGAGGCUGAAGACAUAUUGGCUACUGUAAAAUCUGGUGCUACAGCAGAGUCAGGGAGGAUAACUCUGGCAGACUCGGGGAACAGAGUCUUCACUGUGACCUUCCAUCAACUCCAGCUGUCAGAUUCAGGGAAAUACUGGUGUGGCGUGGACAGACCUGGUUUUGAUACAUACACUGAAGUAAUCUUGACUGUAAAGGAAGUUCCCCAUGCAGUUACGGUAAAUGAGACAAAAGUCAUACCAGACGUUUCCCCGACAAAGACAUAUCAGAAUGUUUCCAACACAACGCAACUAGCGUACAACACCAGUGGCCCUACAAACCAGUCAACAGCCUCAAACAGCACUAAUGGAGGAGAACCGAGCAUGAGCACAACUGGCGACUGA